GCUUCCCUAGACUAGACUAAUAAGAACAACAGGUCCGCUUUGAUCAGCCUCAUUCAGGCACAAAUCCAUCAAGGUGUCCCAUGCGCAUCGCGAAAGGUGGUUCUCGUUCUUUAGACUACCCUAGAUCUUUCUUGAAACCUGUCGAUACUACAGUAUGUAGUGCGGACGACGUGCGGCUUUGCAACUGGCCCCGGAAAUAGCGCCGAGAUACAGGAGAUCCACAUUCUACUGCCAGAUUUUUUUGCUGAGAUAAUGCGGGAAGAAGUUUGCCCUCUGCUAUUAGUAUAUAAAGAACCAGGUCUGCAAGUAUCGAAGGAUCAGUAUACAGCAGCAUCUCACCCGAGGCUAAACUCUGAUAUUCUACAAUGGCUCAGGAACACAUCGAUAACCCCGCCGCUAGCGGCAUUUCUUACUUCACACCCGCACAGGAGCCUGCGUCUGGCACACAACUCAACGGCUCCACGAAGCUCUUCACUCCCCUCACCAUUCGUGGCCUCACUUUCCAGAACCGUCUUUUCCUUCCUCCUCUGUGCCAGUACUCUGCCAAGGAUGGUUACGCCAACGACUGGCACCUCACCCAUCUAGGUGGCAUCAUCCAACGUGGACCUGGGUUGACAAUCGUCGAAGCAACUGGAGUGCAGCGCGUUGGCCGCAUCACUCCCCAGGAUCUUGGUCUCUGGGAGGAUGGUCAAAUCGCGCCUUUCAAGCGUAUUACCGAGUUCGCGCAUGGUCAAAACCAGAAGAUCGCCAUUCAGCUUGCACACGCCGGUCGCAAGGCCUCUUGUGUUGCACCCUGGUUGAGCGCAAACGCCGUCGCGACCAAGGAAGUCGGUGGUUGGCCCGAUGAGAUUGUCGCCCCCUCCGCUAUCGCUCAAGAGGAGAUCAACCCUGUUCCCAAGGCCCUCACCCUGGAGCAGAUUGACGAGUUGAAGAAGGAUUGGGUUGAGGCUGCCAAGCGUGCUGUCAAGGCUGGCUUUGAUGUCAUUGAGAUUCACUCCGCCCACGGCUACCUGCUGCACUCGUUCUUGAGCCCGGUCAGCAACAAGAGAACAGACAAAUACGGAGGCAGCUUCGAGAACAGAACCAGACUUGUCCUCGAGAUCGCCGAGGCCAUUCGUGCCGCCAUCCCUAAGGAUAUGCCGCUCUUCGUUCGCAUCAGCGCGACCGAUUGGUUCGAGUUUGACCCCAGCUCCAAGGAGGAGUUUCCCGAGACAUGGACUGUCGCUCAGUCUGCCGAGCUCUCCAAGCUCCUUGCCGAGAAGGGUGUGGACUUGAUCGACGUCAGCUCUGGCGGUAUCCACGCCAAGUCGGCGACUGCCAUCAAGUCUGGUCCCGCCUACCAGGCACCCUUCUCCAAGGAGAUCAAGGAGAAGGUCGGCGACAAGGUCCUCGUCUCUGCCGUCGGUGGCAUUAAGACAGGUGCUCUGGCUGAAGAGGUCCUGCAGUCCGGCGUCGAUGUGGUUAUGGCUGGCCGUUGGUUCCAGAAGAACCCCGGUUUGGUGUACCAGUUCGCAGACGAGCUUGAGGUGGAUGUAAAGAUGGCCAACCAGAUUGGCUGGGGUUUCGGAGGACGUGGCAACCGCGGCCGUAAGAGCAACAAGCUAUAGAGGUUUGUCUAGCCUGACCUAGGUCAAAGACCAGGCAGAAGCAUGCAUUAUGUAAUCAUACCCCCAUAGAUCAACGAGCAUAGCAUAGGCGCAUGGUAAUUUGAGAUACUUGACAAUUACUCGCAGUGUGUGUCAUCAGUGUUUGACGUGUGACCGAUUUCCAAUUGACCUUCCGGUUCCAGUUGAGACUUGAAAUGAUUGUUGCAGGUUUAAUUUUCUUUCUGCUGCUUGUCUUGGCAACCAACCAUUCUGCCGGAAGCCAUAGUCGGAUGCGCAUCCGGAGACAUGUGAGCCCCAGUGAAUGAAAGCAGUUCAAGAGGUAACCAGCCGUACUGUCCUUGACGCAUAGUAUUUGAG